UGUAGCUCACUCUUUUAGCAUCACUGCUAACGCUGUGUCUCCGCCGCCUCCGCCGCUCCUCUCUCGGUUUCUCUCGACCUUUUCCCCCCUAUCCCCGGACUCCGAUCGGCGGUACUUGAGUCUGGGUACCUUAUCAUGACAGGAGCUGAAGGAACGACACGGUAUUUUUAAAACAUCAGCGGUGAAUUUUCUACCGAUUUGGCUGGACUAGAUCGGGCUAACAAUACGCCGAGCUAAAGGCUAAAGCUAACAGGCUAACUAGUAGUGUGUUUUUUCGGGAGCUUUUUUCGGCGCAAUGGACGACAAAACGUUCACAAAAGAACUAGAUCAGUGGAUCGAACAGCUAAACGAGUGCAAGCAGCUGUCGGAAAACCAGGUCCGGACGCUCUGUGAGAAGGCUAAAGAGAUUCUGACUAAUGAGUCCAACGUUCAGGAGGUGCGUUGCCCGGUGACGGUGUGCGGCGAUGUGCACGGACAGUUCCACGACCUGAUGGAGUUGUUCAAAAUCGGGGGCAAGUCUCCGGACACCAACUACCUGUUCAUGGGUGACUACGUGGACCGAGGGUACUACUCUGUGGAAACCGUCACGCUGCUCGUCACACUAAAGGUGCGCUUCCAGGAGCGGAUCACCAUCCUUCGAGGGAACCACGAGUCCAGGCAGAUCACACAGGUCUACGGCUUCUACGAUGAGUGUCUGCGCAAAUAUGGCAACGCCAAUGUCUGGAAGUACUUCACAGACCUGUUUGACUACCUGCCCCUCACCGCACUCGUCGACACACAGAUCUUCUGUCUCCAUGGUGGCUUGUCUCCCUCCAUAGACACUCUGGAUCACAUACGAGCCCUGGAUCGUCUCCAGGAAGUCCCACACGAGGGCCCCAUGUGUGACCUGCUGUGGUCUGACCCUGAUGAUCGCGGUGGCUGGGGUAUCUCUCCUCGCGGUGCCGGCUACACUUUUGGACAGGACAUCUCCGAGACGUUUAACCACGCCAACGGCCUCACCCUGGUGUCCAGGGCCCACCAGCUUGUCAUGGAGGGAUAUAACUGGGGCCAUGAUAAGAACGUGGUGACCAUCUUCAGUGCUCCAAACUACUGCUAUCGCUGUGGCAACCAGGCAGCCAUCAUGGAACUGGACGACACCCUUAAAUACUCUUUCCUUCAAUUCGACCCGGCGCCUCGUCGCGGCGAGCCCCAUGUGACCAGACGCACUCCCGACUACUUCCUGUAAAUCCUGUCAAUCACCUCUGAGCCCCGCCCUUCCCCAUUUCCUGUUGGAUGAAGAGAAGAACGACCGAACCAAUGAACGCACCAGGGAGAAACCAUUUAUAAAAUACAAUUGGCUUUUAUUAUCUAAAACCUGAAGAGCGCCCCCUGUGUCUCAACGCUGUCAUUAAUGCUUCUGGAAGAAUUCUGUUUCUUUAUUUUUGUUGAAAAUCGAUUAUAAUAAAAACCGUGGACCAAAUGUGCCAUAACUCUCCUUUUUCAUGUCCUUUUUGUUUUUUUCACCCGUUCACCUCUCUCACUCGCUCAUCUCGUUGCUUUUUCUGUUGCUGGAGAAACGUCUCAAAGUGAAAGUGCUUGGCGUUAGAAUCAGCCGUGAAUUUUAGCUGGCCACAACUAUUACUGUAUUUGACUAAAGACAGAAGUAUGAAUAAAAUGUCCUAUUGACAAAAUAA